UGGACAGAGAGGAAAAUGCCCAGCGGUAUGGCCAACCCAUCCCCCACCCCACUCACUGCCCAAACAGCCUUCGACGCCAGCUUUCCUUUUGGCAGGUGGCUUUUAUACCUCCUGGCGUCGGUCCUGUUCUGCAAGGUGGGAGAUGCCACCCCCCUCUCUCAGGAGCUCUUUGGGGAGGUGACGUCCCCUCUGUACCCCAAGCCUUACCCAAACAACUUGGAGACAACCACUAUGAUCACAGUCCCCCCGGGAUACAGGGUGAAGCUGGUCUUCUGGCAGUUUGACCUGGAGCCUUCCGAAGGCUGUUUCUAUGACUAUGUCAAGAUCUCUGCUGAUAAGAAAACCCUGGGGAGGUUCUGUGGCCAGCUGGGUUCCCCACUGGGCAACCCCCCAGGAAAAAGAGAAUUUGUGUCCGAAGGAAACAAGAUGCUGCUGACCUUCCACACGGACUUCUCCAAUGAGGAGAAUGGCACCGUCAUGUUCUACAAGGGCUUUCUGGCCUACUACCAAGCUGUGGACCUUGAUGAAUGUGCUUCCCAGCGAAACACGGUUGAGGAGAAUCCCCAGCCCCUAUGCCAACACCUUUGUCACAACUACGUUGGUGGCUACUUCUGUUCCUGCCGUCCAGGCUAUGAGCUUCAGAAGGAUGGAUAUUCUUGCCAGGUCGAGUGCAGCAGAGAGCUGUACACAGAGCCAUCAGGCUAUGUGUCCAGCCUGGAGUACCCCCAGCCCUACCCCCCUGACCUGCGCUGCAACUACAGCAUCCGGGUGGAGCGGGGCCACACCAUCCACCUCAAGUUCCUAGAGCCUUUUGAAAUCGAUGACCACCAGCAAGUACACUGUCCCUAUGACCAGCUACAGAUCUAUGCCAAUGGGAGGAACAUCGGAGAGUUCUGUGGGAAGCAAAGACCUACUGACCUUGACACCAGCAGCAAUUCUGUGGAUCUGCUGUUCUUCACAGAUGAGUCAGGGGACAGCCGGGGCUGGAAGCUGCACUACACCACUUCAAUCAUCAAGUGCCCCCAGCCCAAAACCCUAGACGAGUUCACCAUCAUCCAGAACCUGCAGUCUCAGUACCAGUUCCGUGACUACUUCAUUACCACCUGCAAACAAGGCUACCAGCUGGUGGAGGGGGACCAGGCGCUGCUCUCCUUCACAGCUGUCUGCCAGGACGACGGCACAUGGCAUCGCGCCAUGCCCAGGUGCAAGAUCAAGGACUGUGGGCAGCCCCGAAGCCUGCGUAAUGGAGGUUUCAAUUAUACCACCACGAAGGGAGUGACCACCUACCAGGCCCGGAUCCAAUACUACUGCAAUGAGCCGUAUUACAAGAUGAAGACCAGAGAUGGCAGCAGUGAGGCUGAGCAAGGGACGUAUACCUGCACAGCCCAGGGCAUUUGGAAGAAUGAACAGGAAGGAGAGAAGAUUCCUCGGUGUUUGCCAGUGUGUGGGAAACCCGUCCACCCUGUGGUAGAGAAGCAGCGCAUCAUCGGAGGGAAAGCAGCCAAAGAGGGCAACUUCCCCUGGCAGGCGCUCAGCAACAAGUAUGGGCGAGGGGGUGGAGCCCUGCUGGGCGACCGCUGGAUCCUCACGGCUGCUCACACCCUCUACCCCAAGGAGCAAGACUCACACACCAAUAGCAGCAUAGAUGUGUUCCUGGGCGGCAUCAUUGUGGAGGAGAUCGAGAAACUAGGGAACCAUCCUGUCCGCAGGGUCAGCAUCCACCCAUCCUACCGCAAGGAUGAGGCCCACAAUUUUGAGGGGGACAUUGCCCUCCUGGAACUGGAACAUAGUGUCACCUUGGGCCCCAACCUCCUCCCUAUCUGCCUCCCUGAGAAUGAGACCACCUUCUAUGAGAAAGGCCACAUGGGCUAUGUCAGUGGCUUUGGGAUCACAGAGAACAAGCUUACUGACCAUCUCAGAUAUGUCCGCCUGCCUGUAGCUGAGCGAACAGCAUGUGAGAGGUGGCUCCAGGGCCAAAACAGCAACAAUGUGUUCUCUGAAAACAUGUUCUGUGCUGGGGACCCGAAGGCAAAGCACGACAGCUGUCAGGGGGACAGCGGAGGGGUCUUUGCAGUGAGGGGUGCAGAUGGCCGCUGGGUGGCCACCGGCAUAGUGUCCUGGGGCAUUGGGUGUGGCCAAGGGUACGGCUUCUACACCAAAUUACUCAACUACGUGGACUGGAUCAAGAAAGAGAUGGAGGAGGAGGGCUGAGCCCUCCUUCUUCAGAAUCUGGAGAGCAGUGUGUAAAAAAAAAAAAUUAUCUGACUAGUUGUUGAUCACCACUAAGAAUCCAUAUUAAAAUCAUAGAUGCAGAAAAACA